AUGAAUUCUUCCAACAUCGAGCUCGCAGUCACAUCACCCUUUUCGGAGAGUUGGGGUCAGUACCAACUGCAUCCCGAAGAUCUCCCAUGGCGCAAGGCGUCAGAAGGUCGCUUGUGUGGCAAAUGGAUCCGUGCAUUGUGGGGUAAUGAAUUGUAUCAGGAACGGCGCUCCUCGAGCACCGGUCGCUCAGAUGAUAUGGUCACCAUGCUGUCUCUCACAUUGCCACCAGCACUAGACAUUACGAAGUUUUUCGAGCUGUUCAAACUGUCUUGUAUGCAUGCACGGUUCAUACAUCCUAUUCUUGCCGGUACAAUCGAGACGAACGUGCUUCAAAUCCCGCUAAUGCCUUGUCUCGUGUAUGAGGAAUUACACACAUUUGAGCAAGUCCAAUCUUGGUCCGACACUGUUAUGUUCAUCCACAGGUGUGAAACGGAUGAGGAGCGCGCCCAGUCCAGAGAAGAACGCUUGGAGUUUAUGCGAAACAAAAUUGGCCUUCGACCACUGCCAUUGACGCAGCACGUAAAAGAAUGGCAUUGGGUCCUUUUCGGUCGCGCUGAGGAUCAGUCGCAUGUGGCCCUCUUUGUAUACAGUGCUCACGCCGUGUCAGACGCUCAUUCUGAGUUGAUUCUGAUGAAGGAGCAGCUCGAAUACGUCACCAGUGCACUCGAGGCACCUUUUCCUCUCCCUGAAGCGCAUUCACUUCAUCCUGCAACAUUAGCUUGGGGCACAGAAGUGACUCGCUUGACCCCUUCACUCCUCGAACUGGUAGGCGUACCACUCGAUUCCUUCAGCGACGAGACGGCUCUCAGGCGCGUACGCCGAGUGCUUGCGCAUCCAUUCUUACGCUUGGACCUUGGGAGGCCAAAGGAUGGUUCCAAUUUAACAGACACGCUGCAUGAUAGGAUCCAAUUCACAGCAGAAGAAACAGCAGCUAUUCACAAGGCGGCACGUGCUCACGGUUGGUCUGUCACACACAUCGUCGAUGCGGCUCGACACAUGGCGUACAUGGAACUGCGCCGGUCAUACCUAGAAAGCUGGCACUGGAACCCAAUACCAGAAAAGCUGCACGUCAACUUCCUCGUCCCUGCCAACGCACGCUGUUUGAUCAGCGAAACCUACAAACACUUACAACAGACUUUUGUGGGGAAUGCUACCGAAGGCUUUACGACUGUUCUCCCACUCAUGGAUCCGUACUUUGUCUCAGCACAGGACGAGUUGAUGACAUCUGAAAAACCUCUACAUGAGCUUAGUCAGGUUCGGACACUUGCCUAUGUGACACAGAAACUUGCGGAGCAGUACUACGAAGAAAAGCCUUUGGGUAUGGAGCGCAUCGUGUCAGAAACCCCGACGUUCGUCAUGGCCGGUGUAUUUUCUCCUUUGUAUCCAUUCGACAAUCUAGCGCCUGAAGGAUUUAGCUCCGUGGGUGCGAUCGACACAUUGCUUCCCUGUAACUUCCACAUGCCUUCGUACACGGAGCCGAUCACUGUUGACGAUUGGGGUGUUGGCGUCAUCAUGUCUCGCCAUCUUUCAAGUCUACAGUUUUCAAUGCAUAUGUGGACGUUCCGUCAGCAGCUGAAUCUGUCCGUUGUGCACACACCACACAUUUCCAAGGCUCGUACGGAACUGUUCCUCGAUACAAUACAUCGCACACUCAAGCUCUUCUUGAUGGCUUUUGAGCAACACGGUAAGCCGAUUGACAUCCCUAGUUCUCCCCCCACCCCCUUCGUGUCGCGCACGCUCUUUCAAAGAGCUAUCUCUUGGUGCCAGAGCUGGUUCACCAACUGA